UCAAUAUCGAGUUAUCGAGAGAGCUUUACAUCUACAUUUGCAUUCCGUAAAUGCAAAAAAUACGUGCAAGCUUUUUAAGUAUGUUUAUUAAAACACCGAAGUAGAUUUAAGUGCAUCUAGUCAUAUUAAUCAAAAGCUUCAAAUUGAAGCAUUCAUAAGCUUAUUAAGCAAAUAGUUAUAUUAUGUUUGGAUAACGUUAUUAACUAUCAAACGAGAAAAAAGAUAAAUCAAAAUAUUAGAACACCCAUGUCUGCAGACAGUCAUGCACCGGUGGGUUAACAGUAUAAGUUUUCCUCGUGAGUACCCAGGUGGUACAAGUUCGUCGUCCUGCCAGCUAUCAGAGUUCAGUAAGUUCGGUUCCGUUAUCUGCAUUCGCCGGAAAUCUUUGCUCCGAGUUUCCGUUUAGAGCCAUGAAAGCGACCAACAAAGUCAUCCGGUUGGCGAAUGCUGCCAGAAGCAAUCAUCUGGAGCUACUGAAGCGAACCGACUCUGUUGUGACAACCGGUCGGUGCAGACAAUAUUCUGCUGUCGGGGUUCAUCCAGCCAAGGGUGGCACGUUUCACCAAAAGAUGAUAACUGCAAUAGACAUUCAAGGUAUUCGACACGUUUUUGAUCGACGAAAACAUCCUGUGGAAAGAAUUCUUUGGAUUGCUCUCAUUGGUUGUGCGUUGUAUGGGUCGAUUUUCAUUGGCAUGUACCAACUGGACCAUUUCUAUGCCAGCCCAACCGUUACGCAGUUUGACAAAAACUACCGAGAAUGGAUUGGAACGAUGCCAGCUGCAACAUUUUGCUUCCGGGACCGUUUCGACCGAACCAGAGCUCUUGAGUACAUCAGUCGGAACAACUUGUCCAGCGUGGAUGACACGGAGCGCAUUAAAUACAUCUUGGCACUUUUCCAAGCACUUGUCAACGUAACCGUUUCGGAUUUCAGCGCAUUAGCACCGUUCAUCUUUAACGACAACAAUAAUGUGAACAUUACGCCGUCAUUGCUGUCUGCGCCGUUGUCCGAAGUAGACAUCCUGUCGGUGGUCAGUGCUAUGCAUCCGCAUCACGAAGUGGCCAUAAACAGUUUCGAUCCUUCGUACAACGAUUUGCAAAUUUAGCAAGUUAUAACCGAACGAGGUAUCUGCUACACGCUCAAUGCUCCACUUUCCCAACUUCAGUACACCGGAAACGAUAGACGGUCUACCGAUCCGAAAGAAGAGACACAUAAAAUACCGAUUACAUGUACCUAUUCAAAAAACCAAUGUUACAUGAAAAUCGACACGUACGAAUCCACAAUGUCAUACCUACUGCAUUCCCCAUAUGAGCUGGCCACAAACGACGUACAAUUUGCAGUAAUGGACGAAACCGACGAACUCGUCGAAUCCUAUAUGGUGCUGGAAACAGUGGCCAGUGAAAGACUUCGAGAUUUAUCGGUGAAACAGCGCAGCUGCGUUUUCCACGACGAAAACUACCAAGGAUCUCACCUUUACAGCUACAAUCUCUGUGUGAUGCGUUGUCGAGCCGCCAGAGCUCUGGAACUCUGCCACUGCAGGCCACACUUUUAUCCUUUCAUAGAUGGACCCGCUUGCACUAUCGCUGGAUUGCGAUGCCUAGGAAAGCAGCCCAGCUGGCACGAUAAGCAGCCAUGUCGCUGUUUGAAGCCCUGUACCGAAAUUGUCUACUAUGUCAUGAGUGCCAGCAGAACCCACUGGGCUGCAGAUGGGGGCAUUCCAUUCAAGCAGAAGGCUUCAUUCAGAUGGGAAAUGAUACAACCGAAAACAAGACUGCGGCGAGAUGUGCUAUUCACUUUUGAGGAUUUACUCGUUUCGUUUGGCGGAGGCAUCGCAUUGUUUGUCGGGAAGGACUUGAUGGCGUUUGCCGAGUUUCCGAUAUUUUUAAUUACGGAGGCAUUACAGAGGACCAUUGCCUCAAUUAAAUAGAGAUGAAAAGUGGAAUAAAAUUGUUCAUACAAUGACGAGCGUAACAAAACAGUCACUAAUAAAUUAGAGCUAUUUUUAUCAGGUAUUCCGCAUCAUUCAUUGAAGUUUUUCAAUCACAGUUGUUGGUUCACAUUGUAAACCUUUAAAAAAUAAUACAUAAAUUUGUUAAAUUAUAAUCGAAAUACAGCAA